AUGGCAACUCUGCACUCUCUUGCACUCUCCUCUCCUUUCUCCAACUCACUUCACAAGCCACGCUCAUAUUCAGUGCCAUCUUCAAUUGUCCAUCAAAGUACAAACUCCUCAUUCAAUGGUCAAACUUUGCGCAUGCCAUGUUUGAGGCUACCUAUGUUGACACAAAACACUGCCAUACACAUGCCUGUCAUUAUGAUGGUCAAACCAAAGAUACAGUUCAUCCAGGGAACUGAUGAGCAAACAAUUCCUGAUGUGAGGCUGACCAAAUCAAGGGAUGGAACAAAUGGCAUGGCUAUCUUCACAUUUGAUCAACCUUCAGUUUUCGAUUCUUCAGGUGAAAUAGGUGACAUCACUGGAUUUUACAUGAUUGAUGAAGAAGGAGUCCUUCAAUCAGUUGAUGUAAAUGCUAAAUUUGUGAAUGGAAAGCCUUCAAUAAUUGAAGCCAAGUACAUAAUGCGGAGUCCACGGGAGUGGGAUAGAUUCAUGAGAUUCAUGGAGCGAUACUCUAAUGCAAAUGGUUUGCAAUUCAUCAAAAAAUGA